CUAAACCCCUGGGACUGACAUUUCUCCGUCCACUGAAAGGAAACCGAUGAGUAAAAUCGUCAUCGUUUUUCAGUUCUCCGAUCAUACUUUUCUUACAUAACAAUACAAUACGGCUUCUUUUAUCACCAGUAAUUUCGUCCUCAAAUGGGAAGAUUCAGUCGUUUAGGCCUGUAUCGGCAGCAUUUGCUGUCAUCUACAGCCAUGGAUAAAGAUUAUUUGCUUGCAAGGGUUUCUGCAUUUCGCGCACAAGCUUUGCACAAUUGCGGUUUUGUUGUUGGGAAACCGGUUGAUUAUGCAACUGCAAGAUUGCCAUUGGGAGAUCGUUAUAUUCAUGCCACAGGAUUUCGUUCUUCCGCUGAACGAAACUACUAUGAAAUUCUUGGUGUUCCAGAAAAUGCCAGUCGAGAUGACAUUAAAAAGGCAUUCCAUGCGCUUGCAAAGAAGUACCACCCAGAUGCAAAUAAGAAUAACCCUUCUGCAAAGAGGAAAUUCCAAGAGAUAAGAGAAGCCUAUGAGACUUUACAGGAUUCAGAAAAGAGGGCAGAAUAUGACAGGAAGCGCAGUCGAGGCACAGAGAAUGUCGAAUAUGCUGCUGGUGAUGCAGAUGGGUUUAGAUAUGCUUACCGAACUCAUUUCUCUGAUUCAUUCCAUAAAAUAUUCUCAGAGAUCUUUGAACAAGAGACAGAUCGUUUUGCAUCUGAUAUCCAGGUCGAGUUGUCGCUCUCCUUUUCUGAAGCUGCACAAGGAUGCGUAAAGAACCUGUCCUUUGAUGCAUUUGUGCCCUGUGAUUCUUGUCAUGGGCAUGGCCAUCCACUUGAUGCCAAGUCAAAAGUUUGUCCGACUUGUGGAGGUGUAGGGAGAGUUACAAUUCCUCCAUUUACAUCCAGGUGUGGCACUUGUAAAGGGUCUGGCCGUAUCAUUGAGGAACACUGUAUGUCAUGUAGAGGAUCAGGGUUGGUUGAAGGCAUCAAGGAGGUUAAUGUUACAAUUCCAGCAGGUGUGGAUGCUGGAGAUACAAUUCGUGUACCCGGGGCUGGUAAUAUGGGACGAGGAAGUCAACCUGGCAGCUUAUUCAUUAAAUUAAAGGUUGCUGAAGAUCCUGUCUUUUCUAGAGAGGGUGCAAACGUUUAUGUGGAUGCUAAUAUUAGCUUUACGCAAGCUAUACUUGGUGGCAUGGUUGAUGUGCCAACUUUAUCAGGGAAGAUGCAACUAAAAAUACCGAAAGGAGUUCAGCCGGGACAACUUCUGGUACUAAGAGGCAAAGGACUGCCAAAGCAUGGUUUUCUUGUAACCCAUGGAGAUCAGUAUGUGCGAUUCCGUGUUAACUUCCCCACGGGGGGCUCACUAGCCAUAGACCCUACGUAGAUCAAACGGUUGAAGUGAUCCUGGAAAACUUGGGUCCCAAAUGCUUUGUCAAUAAAAGUCAUCUCUCAGUUGCAACAGAGUCAUCUCCUGGAAAAUGGAGACCCAGCAGAGAUAAGACAGUUACGGAAUUGCCUUUUUGUAUACAUGCAAUUACAAAUUAAAGCAUUGAUUUUUUCAGGAAAUGGCAUUUUUUAUAACAUUUUUUUAUCAAGUUCCUGGUGGUUCAAAUAAAAUUUAAGUUAGAUGGUAUCUUGUGACACCGGUAAUUCAAAGAAUCAUUUCUAUGUUUCUGAUUGUUCAUUGGAAGACAUUCUUGUGGCCAUUGAGAAAUUUUCUUCCUCUUGGUUGCUUCCAAGUAUAUCUUGUUAUUGUAUGCACUUCAAGUCGAUAGGUAAGGAAACAUGGUAAGAUCAUUUAGUUUCACAUACUGCCAUAUAGAGGGAGAAAUUAAACGUAAAUCAGAGUGGCGAUGCAUGAUUGUUUAUGAGGAAGAUAAGCCAGUUUUGAGGGCCACUGUACCUCAUAAAGAUGAAAUUUAUUUGAUGUUUCUUUAAGUUUUGAAAUUCUUACGACUUCUAAAGGAACUGUUUUGCUUAUGAACUGCUUGACCUUGUUAAUGUUAUAGCUGACUUAUUUGUUUAGAAGUUUUGAUCUUGAUCUUGAGAUUUGUGGUUGUUUGCUAAAAGUCGGUCAACCCUGAGCAGUAGUGGGCUUGGAUUGAUAUUCAACUUUGUAAUAAUUGGACCAAGAAAAGCACAAUCCUGCCUCAUGAAAAUGAACAUUUUAUCACAGAAGUUGUCAUCAUUUUCCAAACCUUAUUUGCUCACCUAAUGGUCUGUGAUAGUGGCCUUAGUCAAAUCUUAUGACUAUGUAAGGUUGUCCAGUAACGAAAUGGAAACAAAUGUUAUUGAUUCAUCUGAUCUUACUCCUGUGGUUAUUUUCUUGAGGGGAUUAACCAAGUUGCAAAGCCAUAAAUUGAGCUGAUAUCUGUUCAGUACUGAGAGAUUAUGUGACUGAUUAUAUGUGGGCAUGCUGUAUUUUCUAGCAAGGCUCACUUUUGUCAUGCCUUCUACCUUUUUCUUCAUUACUUUUAUCUUGGUUGUCGGUGGGGCUAGGUUCCAAGCAGAGCUAUUGGAGCACAUACUUCUAAAACUUUGUUUCCAUUGGGGUUUACUGACAUUGUGUAUUUGUGUGGAUGGCUGGAUCCUAUUCAUUUGCAUUUAUUAAUGUCCGGAUGAAUAUUACCACCCAUUUAUUGGAGAAAAGUACAUAAUGGGCUCUUUUCAAAUGCUGAAAUUGUGUUUUAUGUUCCCAAUUCUAUAGUAAGAGAAAUGUUUAUCAAACUCGUUUACUCCCUUCCUACAAUUACUCUUUAUAGUUUUGGAGCUCGUUUUUUCUUUUUCAGCGAGCUGAAUUAACUUGAUUGUCUUC